AUGCUUCCGAAGGGUAUCGAGCUCAGUAAUGAGAUACUUGAGAAGGAAUCAAACACCGAUCCGGAGAGCAAUCCUCAGGUUGAUGGUUCAGAGGUCAUAGAGGUCAUGCAAUUUAUGGACGAGUUACUACCAUUGCUGUUAGGCAGUUUUGGUACCAACACUUCGGUUGUUUCACACAAGAGCAGAAACAUGGUUGUUGAAGCUCGGACCUUCAGUGGACAGUGCGGUUCAAUCAGCACUGCAUCAAGUAACGGGUUACCCCAUAACGUAGAUCUCUGCCUGGAUAAUGAAAAGGGUGGGCGCUUGGGGAUGGGUCUUUCGUGCGUUAGGGACGUUAACAUCAUCUAUCCGUUUGGCGCCAAAACGAAUGAGUCCUACAUGCCGCUUGGGAGCUGUAUCUUAACACUCAACGUCAUCAGGGAUGGAAGUGCGCCCUCUAAGUCAGAAAACCUGACGGCAACCAUGACAAUUGCUACGAGAAAGAUGGAUACCACAAACGAUGGGAGUCGCACUUGCUCGUUUUGGACAGCAGCUACAAAUGACUCGGAUGGCUAUUGGUCAGAUGAAGGAUGUAAGAGGGCGUUUAUGAAUGACACUCACGUGACAUGCUCCUGUGAUCACCUGACUAAUUUUGCGGUUCUUGUGCAGCUGUCACCGGCAAAACAGUCAUUAUCAGCGACUGACGUGAGGAUUUUGGAUAAUCUGACACUAGCUGGCGGUAUCAUCUCAAUUACAUGUCUCUGCCUGACGCUGACACUAUAUGCCUGUCUUACGGUUUUUAGAAACCAGACGAUUAUUAUUCACGGCAAUUUAGCAGUCAGCAUCCUUGUUUCCCAGAUCAUCUUCCUCACUGGUAUCGACGUGAAAAACCAGGUUACUUGCAAAGCCGUCGCAGCACUCCUGCAUUAUUUCCUCCUCUCGUCUUUCUCAUGGAUGAUGCUAGAGGGCGCUAAUCUCUACUUGAAGGCAACCAGUGUUUUCCGAACCACAAUUCACAUGGGCAUGCUGUUUGUGAUUGGAUGGGUUUUUCCACUUAUCGUCGUUGGGAUAACUCUUGCAGCCAAGUUCAGCUCCUACACAUCCAGUCUCAGUUGCUGGCUCAACAACCAAAACGGUGUCAUCUGGGCCUUCGUAGCGCCAGUCAUAUUUGUCACUGCGUGCAAUACCUGCGUGCUUGUUCGCGUCAUCAGAGUAUUCCUGUCACUUGAGGCACUGGCUAACAAAUCAGAUACCAAGAAGAUAGUAGCUGGAGCCCGUGCAAUUGUUCUUCUGACGCCACUUUUGGGGAUCACGUGGUUGAUCGGACUAAUGAAUAUUAAUGGGUCUGUUGCUGCUCUCUCCUACGUCUUUGUUAUCCUGAAUUCGUCCCAGGGCGUAUGGAUCUUCAUUCUCCACUGCGUUCUGAACGAAGAAGUCGGCAAAGCGUUCAAGUUGAAGUGGACGAAGCUCCGUAAACUCCAUUCAUGUAAGGUCAACCCGAACAUAGACUCAUCAAGCAAGUCUGGUAGAGAUUCACAGGCAAGAAAUUCAUCCAGGAAGAAAAAACUCGCGUGGGCGCCUUCGACAUCAACCAACAAAACUGCAGUAGUGUCAUCGGUGGAAAAUAUAUAAAGAGCGCCACCAAUCGACGGUGCCAGUCAAAAUAAAGUGAUCAAUAACUUCAUAAAGACAACUACAUGUAUUUUAAAAAUACUUACUUGCUUAAAAAGAGAAAUCUUGCGCAAAUUGUUUCAAAUCUCCAAAAUAUGUAAUCUCAAUAUUAAUGAUAAAUAUAUUAUUCAAAUCUUUGUAGAAUUAUUAUUUGAUUCGUAAAACAUUUUGGUAGCAUGCAAGCUUGAUUUUUCAGAAAAAAAAAAUCGGAAUAAAAUUGUUCUCUAGUCAUUAGUCAAUUAGUUUAUUUGUUCGGCAUGUAGGCAUAUGGGACGCUCAGACCUUAUGCAUUGACGUCAUCCAGCGACCAUCUUAGUGGAAACACGGUGACGAAACAAUCGAAAUGCACAGA